AUGGUUACUGUUAACGAAGUACUGACCAACAAACAGAUUGAACAGCGGCCCAGGUUGCUUAGCGAAUGGGUCGAACAGGACAUGUCGGAUAUCCUGACUGAGUAUGGCGCCCGCAUGGAAGAUUCGGCGCCCGAACGCGUAACCCACCGGGCUAUGCCCAGCUUCGGCUACGGCGUUCCCAUGGCCGGCGUGCGUUAUUACACCUUCCUGCCGGAGAGAUAA